GAGAGUCACUCCCCCAGUUUGGGCAACAUCUGUUGACAUGGAAGGCCUGCGGCCGGUGGGCUUGCCGUUCAGAGUCUGGCCCAAAGGUCACUGAAGAGGAACAGGAGCAUUGGCGGACACUGCAGUGAACCAUCAACCUCACUGGAAGCUGUUUUCUUACAGGGCCAGCGACUCAUACAGGCUCUUUGUCCGCAAGAGGAACAAGAACAAUCUGUGGUCAUCUAGAACAAAACUGGCAUGGAAGGAGACAGACUGCCAACCAGAGAUAUUGUUCCAUAUCAUAGAGGCGGAGAAGAGGACAGAGAGGGGGAGCCCCAGUCCUUGACAGAGAGUGCCGCCACACACCCUACGCUCCAGGACUCGCUCGCCCAACCAAAGUCCACCCUGCAACCAGAAAGGCAUUCCACGCCUCUUACUGGCAUUAUUAAUCCUGGCUUUAUAGAAGACCCUCCACCCUAUUCUCCUCUAGACCCCAAAACUGUUCACCUGGUCUACCCAGACUUCCAAGGCAGCGUCUCUGGCCAUGGGCCCAUCGUCUUCCAGCCGGCACCUCUGCAGCCACCCUUAAACCCACCGCCAUACUUCCUGCAUGGAUCCUACCCCUUCACCAUUUACAACGGCUCCCUUCUCAGUGAGAUCCCAAUAGAGGCCAACCCAAGGAGGCCACCGCCCAAAGAUUACUUGGUGGAAUCGGUGCUGGUGAUGCUCUUCUGCUGCUUGCUGACGGGUGUGGCUGCUCUUGUGUAUUCCCAUGAGACACGAUCCGCUCUGAACCGAGGAGACCUCGUCCAAGCCAAGGCAGCCUCCCAGAAAGCUCGCACGCUGGUCCUCUUCAGCCUGUUUUUUGGUGUCUUUGUCUGCGUCAGCUGGGUGACCUACGUAGUGGUGGUUCUCUAUUUGUGAUGGGGGGAGUCUGGAUCGGACUCAGUCCCUCAAGAACCUGUCACUCAUUGGCAGGCACGCAUUGGGUCAAGGCAGCGCAAGUGCGCAGUUCAGAGCCACAGUCAAGGCAGGCCACUGUUUUUCUGCACCUGCGCUCAAGGUUGCCACACAGAAUUGGGGGCUGAUUUUGGACUUGGGUUCUUUGUUUUCCCCUCCAGUUGGCUUACCACCAGCUCUCCCAACAGAAGGAGGCAGCUUUUAGAAAGGGGGGAGGGAAGGCACCAGAGAGUUGAUGCAAGCCGCAAAUGCAUCGGGGAAGAGGAAUGGAAGCUUUGAAGAGACAGGAUUCUGGGCCGUUACCCAAAUCUAGAUCUGAAGCCCUUGUUCUCCUGCACUGAAUCUCUGAUGUCAGCAGCCUGAACUAGAAGAUGGGGCUUAAUGUCGCACACCCCUUCGGGGCCAGACGGUAGCUCUGGCCUAAUCCCACUGAGAUCCCCAGGUGGCCUUGCUGUGCUAGGCCUCGGCCCCUGAAGUACCUCGUCCAAACCCCAGACCUCUGAGACUAUUCAUCUUUUUAAAUUCCUAUUAUUUUUUACUUCAUUAAAACUACUUGGCGCUGACAGAUCUACUGGAUGUGACCCCCCAAAACACACUGAGGAGGAAAUAUAGCCUUCUUUUCAUAAUAUGAUCUUAGUUUGCUGAACAUUCAGAGCACCUUGGGAGAUGAAUUCUUGAAAAUCUUCAACUUUCAUUUCAAGAAAAGCAGUUUCUAGUCCUCAUGAAGAUUCCACCCCUCCCCCACACCUGCCCCCAGUAACCAGAGUGGGCUGGUUGUAUACCGCACAAUUUACCAAAUGACUGAAUUUUAAAAUAUGCAAAACCAUUUUCAAUACUUGUUUGUGAUGUUCAGAGAUGUACAAUCACUUCUUUCUUGAGAGGCCUGAGUAUUUUUUUUUCUUGCUGCACAGAGCAAUCUAUAUUUUAUUCAGAGGCAAAACCACAGGCUAGUUGCCAGCUUUCAAUACUUAGAAGCCUGUGGGAGCAGGAAGGGGGCAAGAGAGAUUGAACACCAAAAGAAAACCAAAACAACAUCCUAGAUGGGAUUGCUCAUUUUCAUCUUUAUUGCCGCUGAUGGGAACCAGACAGCAGAGGGCAGUGCUAUUUUAAAAUGGAUUAAAGGGACAUAAGGUUCUUCUGACUGUCAUUAUUUAAAUGCAUAUUGUUUGAAAGGAAAAUGAACCUAAAUGUAAGAUGACCUCCUCUAAAAACAUUAUACACAAAAAGUUUGGUAAAUUAUUUAGCACUUUGCUGCCUCUGAGCUUGGAGUUUGACUUUAGGUUCUCACCAUGAAUCCAUCUAACCUGCUUUUAAAAUCAUCUGUGCUCACAGCCCUCACUACUUAGCGAGAAAGAAGUGUUUUGUUUGGUCCGUCCAGACAAUAUUACUGCUUUAGGUGCCUUUGUGUUAUAACAGAAAGUGUUCUAUUCAUUUGCAUUCUCCAGCUUAAACAUAAGCGUAUCAACCUCUAUCAUGUCUCUCCUCGUUCAUCUUUUUUUCUAAAUUGAAAAGUCCCAAACUCUUCAGCCUUUGCUUGUAAGGGAGGUGUUUCAAGACAUUAACAAUUUCAACAUUAAAACAACAUUUAAAUAAAGUAUAUAUA